ACAUUUCUCCCACACACAUAUAACUUAACUCUUUCUCUUUCUCUCUUUAGCUUUAACCCCCAAAAGAAAAGAUAAGAGCUUUAAGUUUUUCUACCUUCUCUCCAUGGACUUGUAUAUACCUGAAAAGCUUAAAUGGUUGCAACAGCAACAAAUGGUGUCACCUGAAUUUCUUCAGAUACUUGGCUCAGGUGGGAGAGAAGAGCUUAAAAGGGUUGAGAGUUAUUUGGGAAAUACCAAUGAUGAGUUGCAGAGUUUCAGACAUUUUCCCGAAUUUGGACCGGAUUAUAAUGUUAUUGAUGGCUGCAUUUCAAGAACAAGUAGCUUCCAAAUGGAACCAGUAAAGAACGAUGAAGUUAACAGAGCCAUUUCCUUCCAGAACAAGAGAAAACCAGAGGGUAAGACAGAAAAGAGAGAGAAGAAGAAGAUCAAAACAGAGGCUGAAACAGAAACGAGCAUGAAAGGAAAAUCAAACAUGAGCAACACAGAGACAUCCUCAGAGAUUCAGAAACCAGAUUACAUCCAUGUGAGAGCUAGACGAGGUGAAGCCACCGACAGACAUAGCUUAGCAGAAAGGGCAAGGAGAGAAAAGAUAAGCAAGAAGAUGAAAUGUCUUCAAGAUAUUGUUCCUGGAUGCACCAAAGUUACUGGAAAAGCCGGUAUGCUUGAUGAGAUCAUCAACUAUGUCCAAUCUCUGCAACAACAAGUUGAGUUCUUGUCGAUGAAACUCUCUGUCUUAAACCCAGAGCUUGAGUUCCAUAUCAAUGAACUAUCCACAAAACAGUUUCAGGCUUAUUUCGCAGAUCUUCCAGAAGCUGUCUCGAAGCAGUCAGUGAUGGCGGAUUUACAGUCUUUUCCAUUACACCAGCAAGGAUCUCUAGAUUACUCAGUCAUAAACUCAAGCCAAACCACAUCUCUCGGCAUUAAAGAUCAGACAUCUGCAAGCUGGGAAACUCACUCACAAUCUCUUUACAACAGCUUGAGAACUGAUUCCGUAUCCAAUUUCUUCAGCCUGAAGUAAAAUUAUUAGGGAUAAGGGUCAUUGAGUAAACCACAAUUUUUUUUUGUCUUAUCCUUUUCUCUACGUUAUCUGAAAUUUGAACAAGAAAGACGGAGGAAACUAAUCCAAAUAUCUUUCUUUCAAUCUAUUAUAUCUUCAUACAAAUACUAGGGGAUAUGCAUUUGUAGAAGAAAGAGAAAAAGCUCUUGUGGUCAUAACCAUUCUUGUUGUACAUUGUAGUAUAUAUAAUAUGAUCUCUCUCCAAAUAUAAGUAUUUCUCUCU